AUGGGGUCCGUUGCCAGCCCCGCAGAAGCUGUCGCGAGAAUCGCCUACCUCGCCAGCGACGUCGUUCUGUCCGUCCAGCCUUCGCUGAGCACUGAUUCAGAGUUUUCAUAUCAUUUCUCCCGAUUUAUCGCCAACGGCUCGAAGAACUUCGUCUCCAAGUCCCUUCCCGAGAUCGUUCCUGUGCGCCAAAAUGCAGAUCCGCUGCUCUCUGCGUACACGCCCCUCCAGGCCGGCAAAUUGGUGUCGGUUACGGCCCCUUCCUCAAUCCUGUUGAACUCGGUACCUCAUUUGUAUAAGCUCGCCCAAUAUCCAGUUGUCCUGCAUGUCUCGCUGGCAACGCCUCAGCCAGACUUCUCAGAGAUCAGCUCAAUAAGACAAUGCGGCUUUACUUUCCUGCAGUCAGAGACACUACAGGAGGCACAGGAUAUUGCAUUGACGGCUCAUGCACUAGCCGUGAGAAGCGGGAAAGGUGUCAUUCACUUCUACGACCCCAGCAAUUCCGUCCAGGACAAUCCAAUCGCUGUCGAAAGUCGCGAGCUGGUUCAAGCACUUCUAGAUACGGGUGUUAAAGCUUCGCACACGGGUGAAACAGAACAGACGCUCUAUGCCAGUAACGGAAGAACUGCCACCGUCACUGAUCUUGGUCUGCCAGAAGUUGCUCCUCCACAGGCAUCCGAAGCGGCGCCGAGAGAGGUUCUGUCACCUGUUGCUAUCCCUGCGUCUUCCAACGGUCAGACCGACAUAUCGUCGGCAGCUUCUUCAUCUUCACGACGACAGAGUUCCUCAGGCAGCACCGCACCAUCGUCGCUGGCGACUACAGUCGAGACUCCGGUUUCUCGCGCUGUGAGCGCUACCGACAUAUUUAGCUACGCCAGUGAAAUCUGGGCAGCCAUCUCUCACCUCACUGGUCGCAGCUAUUCGGCAAUUGAGUAUUCGGGACCUCCUGACGCUGAAGCAGCGCUCUAUAUCUUUGGCUCAACUGGAGUAUUCGUCGAUGUCCUUGACGCUGAUGAUGUCCCAGCCGAUCUUUCGAGCCUCGGUAUAAUCACUGCGCGGUUGUACCGGCCAUGGCUUGGAAGUGCUGUCCUUUUGGACUCCAUCCCCAAAACCAUCAAGAAGAUAGCAGUACUGGAACAGAUCCGGAGAAAGACUACGAAAUGGGGACCUUCGUUCCUGGAUUUGCUGUCAAGUUUGAACCCUGGAACUGGCGGGCAAAGUGCAAUCUCUCUAGUCCAGUACCGACUCGGUCAGAUUGACGCGUCGACGGCAUUGCAAGCACUCCGUGGCAUUUUCCAAAACCUCGCACCUCCUGUCACACCCCGAAAGCACUCCCGUCGUCGUGGAUAUUCCCAGGCUGCAGCCAUCUCGAUUCAGAAUCUGAGUAUUGGCCACGAGGUGGAACCCACGGUUGACAGCUUCACCCCUGAACAACCCGAGGUGGAGAAUGCCUAUCUCAAAAUCCUUGACCAGUUAUUCAGCAACAGACUUUACAUUGCCAAUUUGCUCGACAAAAAGAAUGCAGGCGUCUCCUCGACGAUUGCAGCAUCACCCGAGUAUGGGUUUGGAUCCUUACUUGCCCGCACUGAACGCCGACAAGAAUUUGUAAAGGAGGUUGAAGGAGCUGCCCGGAGCAACCAGUUUAUUACGGAGUCUCCCAAGCAGUGGUUGUCUCGAUGGGCACUGAACGCGAACGACUCUGCAAAAGCAAACGAAAUCGCUCCAGAAGUGGUUGCGCGCCUAUCCACAGAUGGCUCAAGGCUAGCUGGUUCUCUCCUCGACAAAAAGUCGUUCUUUUUCAAGGAAUCACAGUGGCUGAUUGGCUCCGAUGCUUGGGCAUAUGAUUUGGGCAAUUCUGGAGUUCAUCAUGUCCUCGCCUCAGGUGCCAAUGUUAACAUGCUCAUAAUCGAUUCGGAGCCAUACUCGGAACGAGCGGCCGCAGAUGCAAUGAGACGCAAGAAGGACAUUGGUCUCUAUGCCAUGAACUUUGGCAAUGCCUAUGUCGCCUCAGUGGCUGUGUACAGUUCUUACACCCAAGUCCUGCAAGCGAUGAUCGAAGCUGAAAGAUUUAAUGGACCUUCGGUUGUUUUGGCUUAUCUCCCUUACAACAAGGAGUCCGAUUCACCUCUAACCGUCCUGCAAGAAACAAAGAAAGCGGUUGACAUGGGUUAUUGGCCACUGUACAGGUGGGAUCCUUCCAAUGAAGACAAGGGGGAACCUUCCUUUUCGCUCGAUUCUGAACGCAUAAAACGGGAGUUGGAGGAAUUUUUGCGCCGCGAUAACCAGCUCACACAAGUGAUGAACCGCCAUCCUGAGUUUGCCGCAAACCUAUCGGAAUCGUACGGUUCCGAGGUCCGCAAGCUGCAGAAACGCAAAGCGAAGGAUGCAUACGAACAGAUGUUGGAAGGCUUGUACGGAGCGCCACUGACGAUCCUGUUCGCUUCCGACAAUGGUAAUGCUGAAGGCCUGGCCAAGAGACUCGGCAACCGGGGUAAAGCUCGGGGGCUGAAGACGAUGGUGUUCGCCAUGGACGAUUAUCCUCUUGAGGACCUUCCAAACGAGGAGAAUGUUGUGUUCAUUAGCAGCACAGCCGGACAAGGUGAAUUCCCACAAAACGGUCGUGCAUUCUGGGAAGGUAUUAAAGACGCUGCGGACCUGGAUCUCUCCAACGUCCAUUACUCUGUCUUUGCUCUUGGCGACAGCCACUACUGGCCACGAAAAGAGGACAAGAUAUUCUAUAACAAGCCCGGAAAAGAUCUGGACACUCGGGUUCAAUUUCUUGGAGGCAAGCUGUUGACCGCCAUUGGCCUGGGUGACGAUCAGGACCCCGAUGGAUUUCAGACUGGGUAUCAGGAGUGGGAGCCGAGACUCUGGCAAGCACUCAACGUUGCCAAUGUUGAAGGACUGCCCGAAGAGCCACCGCCGUUGACCAACGAGGACAUCAAGGCGGCGUCAAAUUACCUCCGCGGCACCAUUGUGGAAGGACUUUUGGAUACAUCAACCGGUGCCAUCUCCGCAUCGGAUCAGCAGCUCACCAAGUUCCACGGGACCUAUCAACAAGACGAUCGUGACCUGCGAGAUGAGCGAAAAGCACAAGGUCUUGAGCCCGCCUAUUCAUUCAUGAUCAGAUGCCGACUCCCAGGAGGUGUCGCAACUCCCUCACAGUGGGUUCAGAUGGACGCAAUUGCUUCGGCUCAUGGGAACGAAACCAUCAAACUUACCACAAGACAAACCUUCCAAUUCCACGGGGUGAUCAAGUCGAAGCUCAAGCCGGCUAUGCGAGCCAUCAACAAGGCGCUGAUGACGACAAUCGCCGCUUGUGGAGACAUCAACAGAAACGUCAUGUGUUCAAGCUCGCCGACUUUGUCCGAAUAUCACCAGGAAGUCCAUGCCGUUUCAAAGAGGAUAUCUGACCAUCUCUUACCCUCCACCACGGCCUACCAUGAGAUCUGGUUGAAGGACGAUACCACUGGUGAGAAGACGCAAGUCGCCGGUGACGCCGUGCAAGACUUCGAACCCCUGUACGGUCCAACUUAUCUCCCGCGAAAGUUCAAGAUCACCAUCGCCAUCCCUCCCCACAACGAUACGGACGUCUACGCCCACGAUGUUGGGCUCAUUGCGAUUCGGUCAAAGGACAACGGUCACCUUGAGGGCUUCAACAUUACCGCUGGAGGCGGCAUGGGUGUAACACACAAUAACAAGAAAACCUAUCCUCGCCUAGGAUAUAUGAUGGGCUAUGUCCCAGCGGACGUGGCACACCUGGUGUGCGAAAAGAUCAUGCUGGUGCAACGCGACAACGGCGACCGCAAGAACCGCAAGCACGCGCGGUUAAAGUACACCAUGGACGACAUGGGCAAUGAAGUCUUCAAGUCCAAAGUUGAAGAGCUCCUUAAACCGCUGGGUAUCGCCUUCGACACGCCUCGACCCUACAAGUUCGAGUCCAACAUCGACACUUUUGGCUGGCUGCGCGACGAAAAGGGCAUGAACCACUUUACCUUCUUCAUCGAGAACGGCCGCGUGGAGGACACGGCGGAUUUCCCCAUGCGGACGGGAUUGAGGGAGAUUGCUAAGAUCCACAAAGGCGAGUUCCGACUCACGGGCAACCAGCACCUCAUCCUGUCCAAUGUGACCGACGAGGCCAAACCCGCCAUUGUGGAGCUGAUGAAGAAGUACAAGCUCGACAAUACGCAGUUUUCGGGCAUGCGUCUGUCAAGCUCGGCUUGCGUCGCCUUCCCAACCUGCGGUCUCGCCAUGGCCGAGUCAGAGCGAUACCUGCCGGUACUGAUCAGUAAGCUCGAGGCCUGCCUGGAAGAGAACGGCCUGUCGCAGGACUCGAUCGUGAUGCGCAUGACGGGCUGUCCCAACGGUUGCGCCCGUCCGUGGGUCGCCGAGGCCGCCUUUGUCGGCAAGGCCUAUGGUGCCUACAACAUGUACCUGGGCGGCGGCUACCACGGGCAGCGCCUGAACAAGCUGUACCGCAGCAGCAUCAAGGAGGACGAGAUCCUAGAGAUCAUGCGGGGUCUGUUGGGCCGGUACGCCAAAGAGCGCAACCCUGGUGAGAGGUUCGGCGACUGGACCAUCCGCGCGGGCGUCAUCAACGAGACGACCGAGGGCAAGAACUUUCACGAGAACACGGCUGAGGAGGAGAGCGAUGCCGAGUAA